UUGAUUUUUGAUAUUUACUAUACGUAUAUUACUAUUAAAUCCAGCAACAAAUGGAAUAUAUAUUAAUGUCAAAUUUGAUAUUCCAUUCAACUGAUACAUAUAAUAAUUGUAAACGUGUUAAUUAGGCAAUUGUGUUGUUAAGUAAUGUUCAAUAUGGAAAGCGUUAGAGUGGAAUAUGAUGCCCUUGGUGAAAUAGAAGUUCCAAAUGGCAAAUUGUAUGGAGCUCAAACAGCACGUUGUCUGAAGAAUUUUCCUAUAGGGGACGAAUUUGAAAGAAUGCCCUUUAGUGUUAUUGUAGCUAUGGGUGUAUUGAAAAAGGCUGCAGCAGAGGUGAACGUAGAUUUUGGUCUGGAUCGGAAAAUCGCAUCUGCCAUUUCAAAAACUGCUGACGAUGUUAUUUCUGGAAACCUUUAUUGUGAACAUUUCCCUCUUGGAAUUUGGCAAACUGGCUCCGGCACUCAAACGAAUAUGAACGUAAACGAAGUGAUAGGUAAUCGUGCAAUUGAAAUAUUGGGUGGAAAGUUAGGCUCGAAGAACCCUGUUCACCCCAAUGAUCAUGUUAAUAAAGGUCAAAGCAGUAAUGAUACAUUUCCAACCGCUAUGCACAUUGCAGUUGCUCACGAGUUGAAUCAUAGUCUUCUACCGAACUUAAAAAAAUUAAAAAACAGCUUACAGGAGAAAAGCCAAAAGUUUAUGUCUGUUAUAAAGGUUGGACGUACUCAUACUCAGGAUGCUGUUCCUUUGACCUUGGGACAAGAGCUGAGUGGAUACGUUAAGCAAUUGGAGUAUGGAAUAAAUCGAAUACAAAAUACUUUGCCUCGUUUAUACGAGCUCGCAAUUGGUGGAACCGCUGUUGGAACCGGCCUUAACACGUAUGUAUCUUUUGAUGAAAAAUGCACAAAAAAAAUUGCUGAAUUAACAGGACUUCCUUUUGUAAUCGCCCCUAAUAAAUUUGAAGCGCUAGCUGCAAGUGACACUAUGAUCGAAGUCUCUGGAGCUUUAAAUGUCAUUGCAGCUUCUUUAAUGAAAAUAGCCAAUGACAUUAGAUUUUUAGCUUCUGGUCCCCGAUGUGGAAUAGGAGAGCUAAUACUUCCAGAAAACGAGCCAGGAAGUUCUAUAAUGCCCGGCAAAGUUAAUCCGACCCAAUGUGAAGCGCUCACAAUGAUCGCAGCUCAAGUAAUGGGUAACAACGUUGCUGUUACAAUAGGCGGAUCGAAUGGUCAUUUUGAAUUAAACGUUUUUAGACCCUUGAUGGUUUCAAAUGUUUUACGGUCUAUUAAACUGCUCUCUGAUGGUUGCUAUUGUUUUGCUCUGAAUUGCGUAAAUGGAAUGGAAACUGAUAAAGAACGUGUGGCGUUUCUGCUUAGUCAAAGUUUAAUGUUGGUUACUGCUUUAAGUCCUCAUAUCGGUUAUGACAAAGCAGCUCAAAUUGCUCUAAGGGCUCACCGUGAGAAAACAACUUUAAAGGAAUCCGCAAAAGCUUCCGGAAUUGCCGAGUCGGAUUUUAAUAACUGGGUUAAAGCCGAAGAUAUGUUGGGGCCAACUGUAUAUAAAAAGAAAUCGACCUGUUAGUUGUUAGUUUAAAGUAAUUAAGA